AAAAAAAGGAAAAACAAAAAUACCGCGCUGCCACUACGAGUCCACUGCCAUAUCCAAACGGAUAACACACAGCAGACCGAGCUCAAGUCCGGUGAGGCCCUCCAAUGGCCGCUCUCUCAAUCGGCAUCGCCGCCACAAUUCCUUCCACAACCGCCACCUCGAGGUCUGCACCGGCCCGCCUCAGGCCCAGGAUACAGUGCGUCGGUUGGGAUCCGGAAGGCUUGUUAGGGCAGCCGCAGACGGGCCACAUCGCCCGGCGAGAGUUCCAGAGGCGGCUCGAGAGGGAUGCAGAUGCCCGGGAGGCGUUCGAGCGCCAUGUCCAGGAGGAGAAGGAGCGUCGCCGUGCUCUUCGAGAGUCCCGUGUGGAACCAGAUACUCCAGCAGAGCUGAUCGAGUACUUUCUCGACACAGAAGCACAAGAAAUCGAGUAUGAGAUUGCACGAAUGAGGCUGAGAUUGAAUGAAGAAUUCUUUUCGCACUUAAAAUUUGAAUUGGGCCAACUUCGGUUCGCUGUCAACAAGACUGAGGAUAUGGAGGACAGAUUGAUCGAGCUGGAAGCACUUCAGAAAGCUCUGCUCGAAGGAACAGAGGCAUAUGACAAAUUGCAGACAGACCUCAUGAAAGCUAAACAAAGCCUAACAAAGAUUUUGACAUCGAAGAAUGUCAAAUCUACGUUGCUGGAGAUGGUGGAGAAGAAUGAGCUCAACCGAUCAUUGUUGGCACUUCUUGAUGAAAAUAUAGUAAAUGCACACAGGGGGAAACAGAAACAAGCAGCAGAAUACAUGGAAAAGGUCCGUGCGGCUGUUCUCAAGUACAUUACAGUUUAGUCUAUUUAUAGAGCGGUGUGUACCAUAGCCAGCCCCUAUGAGGAUUCCGGGUGAGUUCAGCCCGCCUUACUGGUAGGUAGACAUCUAUCCGCAGAGAAAUUUUUGUAACUAGUCAUAAACUGUACCUCAUGCAUGGAACGUCGUUCUCUUGAUGUAUCACUAAUGAAAUCCGAAUACUCAUUAAGGUAAAUGUGAGCUUGCGCCCAAAUCUUCGGAUCAGAUAAGUUCCAGUGUUAAUCAACUGAGUUAAAGAGCA